CUGCUCGUCUUCUUGCGAGAUCUUCUAUGAUGCGAUGCGGCUGGGUUUGCGGAUAGACAUGCCCGUCUUAUUCCCAUCUGUGAAGAAAAAAGUGUAAACGUCUUCUAGAUCCGUCUGGGCCAUUGCAAAUUUGUAUAGAGGGCUUCGUUGUCGAAGGCGUUACGCUCUGGGAGCAUGUGGGGGGAUGCGCCUACAACAGCAACGGUAUCACGAUGUCGAACUUCGAACGCUUCUUCCACAGCUCUAGCCCUCUCGACCCUCCGCUUUAGACAAGGAAACGCAUCCCACCUCCACUCCAAGAUCACACCCUAUCCAACGAAGGGCAUCUCGACUUCUACGUAUUCCAUGGACGACCUCAUGAUCACUGAAUGCUGAAAUGAGGCUAUACGGACAUGCCACUUCUAAAUCUUCAUGAACUCACACUGAUAUCGAGGAUGGCGAUCCCCGCUCAUAUGCACGCGUGCCCCAUUGUCCGUCCGAAGGGCUUCUUCUUCUAUGUGCCCAACUUGGGAUCGGAGCGUCGGGUCCCCCC